UUGUACGUAGCCCAGCCCAGACAGAGGCAAGAGGGAAAGCAGAGAGGCGCACACUCACAAACACACACAGCGCGAUAGACAGGGAAAAGUCCUGGUCAAAGAUCCUGGUAGCAGUGGGAGGGGGACAUUGGCAGAACUCAUUGCCGGAGCGUCUAAGUUCCAGCGGUAACACGACGUCUUGAGAGCUGAGAUCUGGGCUCUGCGACCGAGCACGGAUUAGUAGGGCGGCGCUGUGAGUCUGGAAAGCACCGUCUCUCCCAGUCCGGGAACGUGGCCCAGAGGCGCCCUCGCACCGUGGAUUUACCUCCCUGUGGUUUAUUCCCCGUGGAUAUAAUCGCCGACAAUAUGUUGAGCCGCGGGGGGAUUUACGCCGUGAAAAAGAGGAAGAAACCCGUGCAAAAGAGCCCCAAGCCGUCUCCCGUCGACAGCGUGAAGUCCAAUCCGUCCAAAAGGCACCGGGACCGUUUGAACUGCGAGUUGGACAAACUGACCAACCUGCUGCCCUUCGGCGACGAUAUCCGCGCCCGGCUCGACAAGCUCUCCGUGCUGCGUCUCAUCGUCGGCUACUUGAAAGCCAAGAGUUUCUUCAGCGCCAAAAUGAAGAAAAACAAGGCCGGCUGGAUGCCAGACAAGCUCGAUAACUUCCACGAGAACAGACAGCUGAGUGGUCAGAUGAACGUACCCUUAUUUUCUGAGGGAGAAUUAUUGUUGGAGGCUCUGAAUGGCUUUAUUCUGGUUGUCACCGCUGAAGGAUAUGUGUUUUACGCAUCCUCCACCAUCCAGGAUUAUCUUGGCUUCCACCAGUCGGACGUGGUGCACCAGAGUGUGUAUGAGCUAAUCCACACGGAUGACCGGCCCUUGUUUCAGCGGCAGCUCCACUGGGCCCUCAAUCCACCCGCGUGCCAAGAUCCCAGCCCCCACACCGACACUAUUACAGAGGGCAGCAACCUUUGUCCCACUGUUAUCACUUAUGAUCCUCAUCAACUUCCUCCUGAGAAUUCCUCUUUCAUGGAGAGGAAUUUUAUAUGCAGAUUCCGAUGUCUUUUGGACAAUUCGUCAGGCUUCCUGACGCUGAACUUCCAGGGACGGCUGAGGUUCCUCCACGGACAGAACAGGAAGGCUGAGGACGGCACUCCCAUCCCACCGCAGCUGGCUCUCUUUGCCCUGGCCUCUCCCCUCCAGCCCCCCUCCAUCCUGGAGGUCCGGAUCAAGACUCUCAUCUUCCAGACCAAGCACAAAUUGGACUUCACUCCAAUGGCGUGUGACACCAAGGGAAAGUUUGUACUGGGCUACACGGAAACCGAACUGUGCAUGCGAGGCACCGGUUAUCAGUUCAUUCACGCGGCUGAUAUGAUGUACUGUGCUGACAAUCAUGUGAAGAUGAUUAAAACCGGGGAGAGCGGGAUGACAGUGUUCAGGCUGCUGACCAAGCAAAACAGUUGGGUUUGGGUCCAGGCCAAUGCCAGGUUGGUCUACAGAGGAGGCCGGCCCGACUCCAUCAUUUGCAAGCAGAGGGCCUUGACGAAUGAAGAAGGUGAGGAGCACUUGCGUAAACGAUCCAUGGGGGUCUCCUUCAGUUUCGCCACAGGAGAGGCCGUCCUGUAUGAGAGCCACCUGUUGCAUUUGGAUCCAUACUUGGUGAAAGGGAACGGUGUCAAGAUUAAGAAGCCGAACUGUGUGGAGCAGAAAAAUGGGGUCGAUCCUGACUCUCUCCUGGGAGCCUUGAUGACUCAGAACGUAUCUGCAUACGCUUCUCACCAGGAACCGGAGUUUAAUGUGGACAGCGCCUUCACAGAUGACUUUGCCAUUCUGAAUGUACCUGGGGACUUCUGCCAGAUCACCAAUGGUGUCAAGAACGAUUCCAAACAACAGGAGGUGCUCCCAGGCCCGGAUGACCCACUGGCAACAAUUAUGGAUAUUCUGUCGGAGAAAAAUAUCAAUGAAAAUAACCUCUGCGACACUCUCCAGAACCUGGAUGUGGACGUGGAGCAGGCAGAGUUGGAGCAGUGGGAAAAGGCUUUAAUGAAAAUGGACAGCAGCUCUCCCAUUCCAGAUGAUCUGAAUGAAAUGUUCACCACAGAUUUUAUUUUGUCAUGUGUUGAGGACAUGCUAUCAAACAACAACUCAAAAGCUAAUGAGUUUCCACAAGUUGGGCUGGACUGCACAACAGGAAACGUAAUUGAUCCAGCUCAACAAAAAACAUUUAGAUCCAUAGAACGUAAGCCAUUUGGAUUUAAUACCCAACACCCAGUAAUAUCCAGCUUCCAAGGCACAAUGAUAGCUGGUGUCCAGAACCCAGUGUUGGCUGGUACACCGAACUCAGUAAUGGCAGGUACACAUAACUCAGUAAUGGCUGGUGCACAGAACUCAGUAAUGGCUGGUGCACAGAAUCUGGUGAUGCAGAACCCAAUAGUUGGUUCCCAGAACCCAAUAAUGGUUGGAACGCAGAACCUAGUAAUGGCUGGUGCCCAGAACCCACUGAUGGCUGCUGCUCAGAACUCAAUGAUGGCUGGUGCACAGAAUCCAGUGAUGGUUGGCAUUCAAAACCCAGUGAUGACGGGCACCAAGAACCCACAGAUCACUGCCUGUCAAGCCCCAGUACUGCCAAAUCCUCAGAAGGCACUAGUUUCUCAGCCACUCUACACAACAUCAUUCCGGCCUCUAACUGCACGAUGCUCCGACCAGCAAAAUAAUAUCCAAUCCAGAAAUCAGAAUGCGCUGGGAUCUUUCCCACAAACAUUUUCUGGAUUGAACUCGGGUAGUCCUUUGGCAUCUGAUACACUGAGCCCCAUUUCACAUGGCCCUCAAAAACCACGCAGGACUGCUGCACUGAAGAUGAGCAGUGGAGUGCCAGUCAACAUGCAGCAAAACCACAUAGGGAGUGUGUCACCUGUACUGAUGCUACAAAGGGAUUUGCAACAGUCCUUGCAGCAGAGGCCCGAGUAUUUGGGAGUCAAUGGGCAGCAGGAGAGGUGCUCUGUAAGUUUAGCACAGCAACAAUUCUCGCAGGGGGCAAAGCUGCAGAAUGAGGAGCGGGUUUCCAAGCAGCCAUAUGCGCAAGAGCCCAUGCAUCACCUCCUGCCACAGUCUUCGUACAGUUUGGUGCAGGACACCACGGACAAGGUUUCCACUGCCACUUAUCUGGAUCAGAGCAACACCAAUUGGCUUCACUACAGCUGCAAUCUGGCUGUCGACCAAAGGACCUCAGUGAACCAUCUCCCAGUGAGGACAAUGACUAGCGGCAGCAGCAGCUGCAUGUUUGCCUCAUGUGAAUACCAAAGUUGUGCACCAAUUACUAGGAAUGGACUGUCGUUCCCAGGCAUUGACAGCACCGUCCAGAAACCUCCAUAUAGUAAGGUUAAGAUAUCUCCAAAUCACAGUCCUUUGCGGCCAACUUGUUACUAUGAGAACGAGCCGGCUAAUUCUCUGGUGGGGCCCUCAGUCAUGCCCAACGGGGAGCAGAACACUUAUCAAUCUUCCUGUCAGUUUGAGCCAAAUUUCAUUCAUCUGUUGGGGAAUUCUGUCUGUGAAAUUCCAACGGGUCCAGUCUCCUGGAAAUACAACAAUCAGUUCAAGCAGGGAGAAGCUCUGAAUUGAGGGAACGAAACGUUGGUGUCUGGGCCGUCCUCUGCUUGUAUGUGAUUGGACUGAGGAAGUCCAAUACAAUCUUUUUGGACCCAUGGUGCAGAAAUGUUUGACAGUGUUUGCUAUAAACCGGACUUUCAAAUAAAGGAGAAAGUAACUGAAGUUGCAAAUCCAGUGUAAAACAAUGCUGUUUAUCGUUAGCAUUGGUUUAUCCACAUGUUUUAUGAUUGAUUUUUUUCUAUUGCUCUGUACAAAAUAUUAACUUUUAUAUUUUUAUAUCAAACGCGAUGUAAAUCCUUUGUAUCGAUGUUGCUCAUAUUGUCGCGAGCUAUGCUCUUCAUCUUUUUUGACAAGAUGAUAGUUUUAAAGCUCACUGAUGUGUUUGUGUGUGCUUUGUUCAUUGAGGACCUUUUAAUGAAGGAGAUGUCUAGAGGGUCUCUCCCCAAGAGCAGUCUUCCCCUUAGUAUACUUUAACUAAGUGCUAAGUAUUAAUCGAAAAGCAAAGACAUUUACCUUUGAGCUUAAAAAUCUAUGUACUGAAGUGCUGUAGCAGGCAGAUAUCACCCAGGUGGGUGACAGUGAGACAUCGGGUUGGAGUUCGCUCGGUAAAACACUCAAUCUUCUGAAGUUGAAGCUUUUUUUAAAAGAACAGAAACAUUUCAACUUUUUAAGCUAUUUAUGUAUUAAAUCAAUACCCCAAAGAUGAGAAUUGUGUAUAACGUAGUGUAUGAGAAAGAUUGUGUUUUGAUAUGACAUGUGUCACAAUAAAGAACCUAUCUGUUAUUCUGCUGUCUGGGGUACCAACCCAGACUCUUUUCAGCUGUGUGCGUGAUACUAUUUCCCAGUCAGUUUAUUUGCUGCCUUUUACUAAAAUGUUAUCCUGUUUUAUAAGUGUCUAACACAUUUAGCUGUUGACAAAUUGUAUUGUUUUGCUUAACAUUAAAAUUCCUUUCGGGGAGGUAAACCAUAA